AUGUUAGCGGAGGACGAAGAUGGAGACUUUUUGUCGCCCAGUGGAGGGGCCAAACUGGCGUCACUGUUCGGACUCGACCACGAGGACAGUCAGGUCAAUGAGUCCUUUCAGUACACCGCGCCCAGGCAGCCGCGCAAGGCUUCCAACGCAGCCUCAGCGUCUCAGAACGUGGCCCCCGCUCCUGGAGCUCCCUCAGUGUUGAGGGCCUCAGCCGUCCAGGCCUUCAGACUGUGA